AUGUCCACUGCCAAAGCCGAAAUCGACGGCGUUCUUAUCGCGGAGGCGGCUGCCUGGGAAACAGUUGAAGGGAACGUCUACUUCCCCCCUUCGAGCAUCAAAGACAAAUCGCUGUUCCUAGCAUCUGACACGACGACCUACUGUCCAUGGAAGGGUGAAGCUGAGUACUAUACUGUUAAGAUUGGAGACAAGAGCAUCAAGGACGCUGCUUGGUAUUAUGCCAAGCCGUAUGAGAAAGCAGAAAAUAUCAAGGAUCAUGUGGCAUUCUAUAAGAGCAAGGUGAAUGUGACGGUCGAGUAG